CGCCGAGGUUCCGAUCUGUGUUGCCCGCCUUCGUCCCACGUCGGCUCCCCCGCUUGCACAACACAGAAUCCCUGCCGGGCUCUCGGACCAUGACCGGCCUCCGUCUCAUCAUCGAGGAUGGCAAGUUCUGCGACGGGCACGGCAGGCAGGUCGUUCUGCGCGGCAUCAACGUCGCCGGCGAAGCCAAGUACCCGAGCAGGCCCCAUCAGCCGUCGCACGUGCCCGACGACUUCUUCGACGGCGACAACGUCAGCUUCGUCGGCAGGCCCUUCCCCAGCCACGAGGCCCACCUCCAUUUCUCCCGCCUGAAGCGCUACGGCUACAACACCAUCCGCUAUGUCUUCACCUGGGAGGCCAUCGAGGCCGCCGGCCCGGGCAUCUACGACGAGGCCUGGAUCGCCGAGACGAUCGAGGUGCUGCGCGCCGCGAAGCGCUACGGCUUCUACAUCUUCAUGGAUCCUCACCAGGACGUGUGGUCUCGCUUCUCAGGGGGCUCGGGUGCUCCCAUGUGGACGCUCUACGCGGCCGGCCUCAACCCGCAGAGCUUUGCGGCGACGGAGGCUGCUAUCGUCCACAACACGUACCCGGAGCCCGACAAGUUCCCCAAGAUGAUCUGGUCCACAAACUACUACCGCCUUGCCGCCGCUACCAUGUUCACGCUGUUCUUUGCCGGCAGGGACUUUGCGCCCAAGUGCAUCCUGGACGGGAUGAACAUCCAAGACUAUCUGCAGGGGCAUUUCCUGCGGGCUUGCGCCCACCUCGCGCGGCGCAUCCACGAAGCCGGGGACAUCGAGAACGACGUCGUGUUCGGCUGGGAGACCUUGAACGAGCCAAACAAGGGCAUGAUCGGCUACGAGGACAUCAGUGUCAUACCGAAAGAGCAGGCGCUGAAGAAAGGCACCUGCCCGACGAUAUGGCAGGCCAUGCUUCUGGGGUCCGGUCGCGCCGUCGAGGUCGAGACGUGGGACAUGGGCGGGCUAGGUCCGUACAAGGUCGGGCGCACGCUGGUCGACCCCCACGGCGAGGUUGCCUGGCUGCCGGCCGGCUACGACGAGUCGCGCUACGGCUAUAAGAGGGAUCCCGGGUGGAAGCUCGGGGAGUGCCUCUGGGCACAGCACGGCGUUUGGGAUCCAUCCACCGACACGCUUCUCAGGAAGGACUAUUUCCGAAAGCACCCGACUACUGGUGACACCAUCGACUACCCCUACUUCACCAACACGUAUUUCAUGGACUUCUACCGGAAAUUCCGCGACGCGAUCCGGGCGCAUCACGCGGAUGCGAUCAUGCUGCUGCAGGGACCCACGAUGGAGCUGCCGCCGUUGAUCAAGGGCACUCCAGACGGCGACGAUCCUCGGCUGGUUUACGCUCCGCAUUGGUAUGACGGCAUCACGCUGAUGACCAAGAAGUGGAACAGGAAUUGGAACGUCGAUGUGAUAGGCGUGCUCCGCGGGAGGUACUGGCACCCGGCCUUCGCCAUCAAGCUGGGCGAGACGGCCAUCCGCAACUGCUUCCGGGACCAGCACGCGGCCAUGAGGAAGGAGGGCCUCGACCGCAUGGGGAACCACCCGUGCGUGAUGACAGAGUUCGGCAUCCCGUACGACAUGGACGACAAGUAUGCCUACCGGACGGGCGACUACUCGAGUCAGUCGGCUGCUAUGGACGCCAACCACUUCGCAGUGGAAGCCGCCGGCUUAGAAGGCUAUACCCUGUGGCUAUACAUGGCCACGAACGACCACGAAAGGGGGGACCAGUGGAACGGCGAGGACCUUUCCAUCUUCUCCAUCGACGACAAGCUGCUACCUCUUUCGGCGCUUCCUCGGAGUCCCGGCAUCGACGGCGCCUCAACGACCGCUCUGCGCUCCUCCGUGCCGAGGAAGGAGCUGGACGACGACGACAGCGUCACGCCGGCCAACCUCAAGCGCUCCCUCACCAACCCCUCCAUCUCGUCCGAGGCCACGUCCCGGCAGCCGGAGCUGACCGCCUGCCCGGGGUACCGGGCCGCGGAGGCGUACGUGCGGCCGGCCCCGACCACGGUCGCGGGCGUCAUCGCCAGCUACGGCUUCGACCUGCGGCAGUGCGUCUUCACGCUGGCGCUCACGGCGCCGCGCGCCGCCGACCCGCUCGCCCCGACCGUCGUCUUCCUCCCCGAGUACCACUUCCCCCGCGACGCGUGCGUCGUCGAGGCCAGCUCGGGAAAGUGGGAGAUCAGCUGCGACGAGGACGAGGCCGUGCUCGUCCAGCGCCUGCGCUGGUGGCACGGCCCCGGCGAGCAGACCCUGCGCGUCUCGGGCGUCGUCAGGAAGCUGCUUGCCGCUGAGGCUGUGGGGGGUGGUGCUGCCGCCGCCGGUGCCGCCGUCGCCGAGGACGCUGGAUACUACGAACAGUGUAACCAGGGGGCGUGGAGCAAUUGUGCUCUUAUGUGAUUGCAAUGGGGGCGGCUCGACCGAGACGGUGCGUGGGUUUUCUGGGCUAGGGAGCGACUUUUUUCCUUUACGCUUUGCAUAUUUCUUGGUUUACCUGCAGCAUAUUUUGGCCGGCGGUCGGGAAGGACUUGGCGUUUGGUUCGCAGCGGGAUAUAGUUUUAUAACGAGCGAGGGCCGGACCGGUCAUGGAAGGAUAUGCCACGACUCAAGGGGCCGAUUCGCUGCCCAAUGGACUCCGGCGCUACGCAAUACUUUGCCUUGGAAAGAAAAACGUUGGUAUCAUGCUAUAUUGACGGAUUCCAUGCUCUGUUACACUGUGACUCAGCAAGGCUAGCUUGCCUGUUAUAGAGGGUAGUAUCCCAGCGUGAGGGCAUGCGUAUGUACAUCCGAGUAGUCAGGAC